AAAACAAGCACGCCGCUCCCCCUUUUUAUUAUUGUGUGGCUUGAGGACUGUUUUGUGCCCCUCGUGCUUCUGGUUUCCCUCUGGAUCGAACUGAUUCUGUUCUGGUUGAUUACCAAACAUUUCUCAAACCACUUUGAACACCUAAAACUGUCAAUAGGAAUGUGUUUAAAAUGAUUUCAGAUGAAAAAGAAGAAGAUCUUGUCUCUGGUGACAAAGAAGAUGAUCGACAACCUCUGACCUGGAUCACGAAGCCAAAUAACAAUUUUACUAGCCACCUACUCGCAUCAGGAGACCAGCAGCAACUAUUGUGCAUUACUUUUACAUCAGAGGAUGGUCAAACUCAUCACACGGAAACAGCUGAGCCAAUAUUCAUUGACUUUUCUGGUAACCAAAAGAGUGGCGACAGGUGCUUUCCCCCAGACAGUGCGUCAGAAGAAGCGAAUUACACCAAUUAUAUUGGCAGCACCAUAGAUAAUGUCAGCCUAGCGAGCAUAUCAGAAGAUAUAAAUUUCGAAACCAAACUGAAGGUUUUGGAUGCUGUCCUGCCGACAGCUGCCAAAGAAAAGCCAUCUAAAUAUAGGAUAGAAAAUGGAGUGUACUUUUGCGACUUGUGCGACGCAAACUUUGUCGAUCUCGAAAACUGCACAAGCCACGUCAAAGAGCACUCAAAGAAAAGCGCCUACCUGUGUCCAACUUGUAACUUACCUUGCAAAAGCCACAUUGAUCUUGUCAAGCAUUGCAAAGAGACGCAUAAAGAGGACGGACUGUUUCGUUGCGGCAAGUGUUCGCUCGUGUUUGGGCGUCAGACUCAGCUGAAAUACCAUGAGAGACGAGUGCAUCUGCAAGAAAGAAGCCAGGUCUGCCAGUUCUGUGGGAAGGGAUUUUUCAAGCGAUGUGAUCUGAAAAUGCACCUCAACAUUCACCUUGGAAUCAUGAAAAACAUAUGUGAAAUAUGCGGGAAACAAUUCCACCACAGGUCUAAUCUCAUACGGCACUCAAGACUGCAUUCAGGCGUAAAGCCGUAUGUUUGCUGCACCUGUGGUGUGAGGUUCAACCAAGUCAGCGCUUUGAAAAACCACAUAUCGCACCGGCACCCUGUCGGCAACAAGAAAGACGGCUACCCUUGCCCGAGUUGCGGCAAAAUCAUGACCACCAUCGCUGUACUGAAGAAACACCUGAAACUAGUACACAAAUCAAGUCUGGACAGUGCCGUUAAUAAAAUUCAGAGCAAAGAGACCAGUAGUCGUAAAUUCUACUGCAAAAUCUGCGGGCUUAAUUUCAACAACCAGUCUGCGCUGCAUGACCAUGAGAAGGAAACUCACGCGAGCGCAGAGGAGUUUUCCUGCAAGAGCUGCAACCAGAAAUUCAAAUCGAUCGGGGACAUAAAGACGCACUGCUGUGUCAGUCCAAUUGGUGACACCACAAGAUUGAUGGUCAAGCAGCUCCUGGAUAUGCAGACUGAUGAUUUUUCUGAAGAAGAAGAAAACUUGGUCAGUGAGGAAGUGAUAUGCAAUGAAACGGUGCCUCCGAAUGAACCUGUGGAAGAAGUUAUUUCCACGCCGACAAACGAUGGAAGUGCGAUGCGGGAAAUGGUUUUCCACGUGCAAGCCGAGGGUCACAGCGAACUGAUGGCUGUCCACGUCAAAUACGACAUGAACUACAUUAUUCCUACAGAAAAUCAAGACGUGAAACGUGCCGAGACAAAUAUCGUGAAACCCGUCGCUCCGGAAAUAGUUAAAAAUGAAAUUCCAAAAAUAGCUGAGAUCCCCAAGCCACCCGAGAAGGAGGCGCCGCAGACCAAGAAAUUCGCGUGUGGUGACUGCGGGAAGAGUUUUUCCAAAAAGCACAAUUAUAAGCAGCAUUUAGCAACUCACAACAUUGAACUGAAAAAGUACGUGUGCAAAAUCUGCAACCAGGUGUACGCGUGGAAAUCGUCCUUAAAUAAGCACGUGCUGAUGAACCACACUGAAAAGUCGAGCACCUACUUAUGCAACCUUUGUCCAAAGAGUUUCAACCGAAGUCAAGCCUUCUCUGAACAUGUUCGUCGUGACCACAUAGGAGAAAAGCCUCACAAAUGCGCACAAUGUGGAAAGGCGUUCUUUAAAAAAAGCGACUUAACCGUUCACACCAGAAUUCAUUCCAAUGACAAGCCAUACAUUUGCGGGACCUGCGGCAAAACCUUUUCCCACGUUUCUCAUAUAAUCAGGCAUGAGCGCAUCCACUCAGGGGUCAGACCGUACAGUUGCGAUGUUUGCGGCAAGGCGUUUGCCCAGUCGACCGCCUUGCGUAUGCACAAAAUGAAAUUGCACGAUGAAACGGCGCUAAUAAGCAAACAGCAGUCGACCAAGAGCGUUGACAGUUCGUCAGCAGCUUCCAUUCAAAUUGUAAAUUCAGCCCUUUCGGAAAGUGAACAAAUUCUUGAAAAUCUUUUUGAUAAUGAACUAUACAAAUUAAAAUUUUAAUUCCUUAAAUGAAA